UUCCUGCGACCGAUGUCCUCCUCAUCUGAGCCGACAUGGCUCCAUGGACGGCGUUGUGCCUACUGCUGGCCACUGCGACAAGAAGCCAAGCUGCUGACACAGAGGAGCGACUGGUUGAGCAUCUCCUAAAUCCUGCUCACUACAACAAACUGAUUCGGCCAGCAACAAAUGGCUCAGAGUUGGUGACUGUACAGCUGAUGGUCUCACUGGCACAGCUGAUCAGCGUGCAUGAGAGAGAGCAGAUCAUGACCACUAACGUCUGGCUCACUCAGGAGUGGCAGGACUACCGUCUCACAUGGGACCCAGAUAAGUUUGAUGGCAUGAAGAAGGUCCGCCUUCCCUCCAAGCACAUCUGGCUCCCAGAUGUCGUCCUCUACAACAAUGCUGAUGGGAUGUAUGAAGUGUCCUUCUACUCCAAUGCUGUAGUCUCAUAUGAUGGCAGUGUGUUCUGGCUGCCACCAGCAAUUUACAAGAGUGCCUGCAAGAUCGAGGUGAAGCACUUCCCAUUUGACCAGCAGAACUGCACACUGAGUUUCCGCUCAUGGACGUACGACCGCACAGAGGUGGAUCUGGUGUUGCGUUCCGAUGUGGCCAGCAUGGAUGACUUCACGCCAAGUGGUGAGUGGGAUAUUAUUGCGCUGCCUGGGCGUCGCAAUGAGAACCCAUCAGACCCAGCCUACGUGGCCAUCACGUAUGAUUUCAUCAUCCGCCGCAAGCCACUCUUCUACACCAUCAACCUGAUAAUCCCAUGUGUGCUGAUCACAUCACUGGCUAUUCUGGUGUUCUACCUGCCGUCAGACUGUGGCGAAAAGAUGACGCUAUGCAUAUCCGUGCUGUUAGCGCUCACUGUCUUCCUGCUGCUCAUCUCUAAGAUUGUGCCACCUACAUCUCUGGAUGUGCCACUAGUGGGCAAGUACCUGAUGUUCACCAUGGUGCUUGUCACAUUCUCCAUUGUCACUAGCGUGUGUGUGCUCAACGUGCACCACCGUUCACCCACUACCCACACCAUGCCCCCGUGGGUCAGGGUGGUCUUCCUUGAUAAGCUCCCUGCCCUACUCUUUAUGCGACAGCCCAGGAACAGCAGCGAGCGCCAAAAGCUACGACAACGGCGUCAUGCCAAUGAGAAACUUGUCAUCUCUGGUCAGGAGAGUGGCGAGGCAUGCACAUGCUAUGUCAAUCGGGCCUCGGUCAAGCAGUUUGCAGGAGAAGUCGGUGAAGCUGGCGGAGAUUCCAUAGAAGGAUUGAAUGGUCUGAGGGACGGAGGGCGCGAGGGCAGAGAGGGCACCUCGGCUUUGCCACGGGCAAAGCAGCAGCCUCCUGCUGCUCUUCCUCAGGGUCUUCUGGGCCAGGCAUGCCCAGGUUUUGAGGAAGCUGUGGAGGGAGUGCGCUUCAUUGCCAGCCACAUGAAGUGUGAAGAUGAUGAUCGCAGCGUGAGCGAGGACUGGAAAUAUGUUGCCAUGGUGAUCGAUCGGCUCUUUCUCUGGAUCUUCAUCUUUGUGUGUGUCUUUGGCACAGUGGGGAUGUUCCUCCAGCCUCUCUUUCAGAACUCGUCCAAGACUGUCAUUAACACGCCUGGCUGA